AUACGGUUGCUCCGUUGGGGUGUCUCGCGGUGAUUUCAACCUUUUUUUUUUCCUUCGAAAACGAGCCCGCGGGAUAGCGCACGUUCUGGACGUUUGACUUCUUCCCCCCUUCUAACCCCUGCACUUUGGAGCGUCAUCGGCGCGUUUUUCAGACGUCACCGUUCAUUUCGUCGCAGGGGGGAAAAAGUGGGCGCGCUGCCAAGACAAUACACAUCGGGAAGAGAGAGCACGUGCAUCCGUGCGAAAGGGAGCCGAAGAGCGCGCCCGAGGGGUUGCAUGCACCACUAUUCCUGCUUGAAAGCUUGUGCUGCCGACAAGUAACAGGAUCAAGUUGCCACACCUGAGAGAGAGUCCCAUGUCACUUUGAGGGCGAGAGGCGACGGUCGCAGGAGAUGCUUUCGCAGCAGGUGGCCGAGCCGCAUGGCUCCAGCUAUCGCCAACCGAGAUUCAACGCCUCCGAAGACGUGAGGAAGCUGUUGUGAGUCAAGGUCGUGAAACAAGCAGCGAGGCUGACACGAGCCAUUGCGCAGGCAGGUCGUUAACAUCGGUCAGCAGGAAGUGGCGAGAGACACGCAACCGGGGAUUUAGGACCUUCUCCGUUUCUUCAUAGCCGGGAAACGAAACCGUCAGGAUGUUGCGCAACAACGUAAUAACGCUCAUGAGGAAGAUGGUAACGACGACACCGGAAGCCGGUACGUCGGAAUCGGUUACGCCAGAGGAAAGCGGGAAAACCCUGAGCAAAUUUUGGCAGCUGGGAAACAUCAUAACGACGGGAAACGUAACGAAACCAGCCAAGGUCACCCCGGUGGAGGAUAUUCAGCCCAAGGAGGAAACCUCCACGAUCGAAUCUUUGAAACCAAAGGAAACGGGCGGCAAACAAAGCAGCGGAGAAGAAUGCAGGGUAUGUCGAAAGUCCUUCGGCCCCGAGGAAGUCUCGCGAACUUGUUGCGAGUGUCAACAUAAGGUCUGCGAGGACUGCGCCUCGUAUUCGACGACAACGAAUUCCGACGACCCGUCUUCUUGGCGAUGUAGCGUUUGUCGUCGAAAGAUCGCCUCGAGGGAUCAGCCGAUCGUAACGCAAGAAUCCACAGAUUCGCUGCUUGAUGUGCCGAUUCUGGAAGCUCUUCAGAGAAGGCACAGCGACGCUCGGCUCGGUCCCACCGGAAGUCAAAUUGGCGCUCUCGGAAGUGGACUGGCUCCGCCGCGAAGUCCGGAAAUUCGAAGACAUUCCGACGUCUCGCCGGCUAGUCUCAAGGAACUUGAGAAGUUUCGAAAGGUUGCAGGAGAACGUCAGAGAGAGGAGCUCAGAUGGGAGCGCGAUCUGGAUCGGAAGAGCAAGUCGCGGGGCGGUUCACCCGAUCGCCAUCAGGCUGCCGACAGGGGAAGAGCGACCAGCCCUCAGAGGAUUGUCAUGCCGGCUCAGACGGGCGUUAUAGAGCAAGAAGGCGAUCUGGAUGACGAGGAGGAACUUCGGCGUCGCGCGCGUCGCGGAGGCGGCACGAUCCGUCGUAAGUCUCGCGUGACAAGGCAAAGAUCGUACGACGACGAAAUCAAAACAGCGGCAGCGAUGGGCGGAGGUAGCGCGCAACCCACCCAUCCCGACACCGGCCUAGGACUUCCGGUUCAGUUACCGAGACGAGCGUCCGCUUACGACGUUUACGCCGCACCAGGAGGUAGCGGGCUUAACGCGAUGGCCAUCGCCGCCGCUCAGCAAAGAGCGUCCAUCUCGGCGCAAGGCGCCCGAGAACCCGAGGAUCGGCCCGUAACGCGCAGAUCCUCAUUCCGUGCAGUCAAGCCGGUAAUGCCCUACGAAGUUGCAGUGGACGACGAGAAGAUGAUUAAGAUCGACUCGGCACCGGUGUCACCUGCGGUAGUGUCACCUGUGCCACAACCCGUCCUCGUGCCCGACGAGGAAAGGCGCAAUCGACGAAGAGGAUCCCAAUUACCCGACAUAAAUGCGAUAAGGGCAUUGACAUCCGCCCAACCAGGAGCGGCAAAAGGAGCUUCCCCAGUUAGCAGAGUCGCGGCUGAAGAACGCGAACUACCGAGGCAAGGUAGUCUGGUUGACGGGGAGGGCAUCAAGAUAGUCAUUCACGACGUCGACAGCGAGCUUGCUCCGCGAAUAAAUGCGAAGAGGAGGGUGAAGCUGAGGAGAGAUCCGGUCGCAGAUAAAGGUCACAGAACGCGCGGAUUUGGCAUGCGAGUGGUGGGUGGCAAAACCGGGUCGGACGGGCGCACCUUCGCAUGCAUUGUGUGGACCGUGCAGGGCGGUCCCGCCGAGAAGGCUGGCUUACAACAAGGCGACAAGGUGUUGGAAUGGUGCGGCGUGUCUUUGGUCGAUCGGAGCUUUGAGGAAGUGCAGCAGAUAAUCGAACGUACGGACGACGUGGCGGAAUUGGUGGUGGAGCAUGCGACUGAUAUUUCCGGAGACUUGCUGGACGAUCCGCAAUCCGGUAAAACACCACCGAACAUGGGCUUGCUGAUGGAAACCGAAACGGAGAAAACGCCCUCGUCGCCGACGCGCAGGAAACUGCCAAAGACGCCGGAGCAAAUAGCUAAGGAAAGGCAGGUGACCGGUCGCAUACAGAUCCAGGUCGCGUACGAGGCGGAACGUAAAGAACUCGUUGUUUCGGUUUUUAUGGCCGACGACUUGUGCGCGCGAGAAGACACCGGAUUCGGCACUCUGCCGGAGGCUUUUGCUAAGCUCGUCCUUGCACCGCCGAGCGGCGACGGAAGUCCGCUCAAAACCAUUGUGGCCGAACCGACUCAGAAACCUAUUUGGAACGCCACGUUAUUCUUUACCGGAGUUGACGGCGAGAGUCUGAUGGAACGUGCGAUCGAAGUGACUCUCUGGGAUUACUGUCCCGAUGGCGAUAAUGUGUUUCUUGGCGAAUGCACCGUCGACGUUCAACGAGCGCUUGAAAAUGACAGAGCGGUUUGGUAUCGACUGGAAGACCCGCGGUGUCUACGAACGGGCAAAUCGCCGUACUGCUCGCCACGUGGCUCGUUAUCAGCUAUGUCUGGGGCGGAUAUUAUCACCCAGAGGUUGCUGAGAAAGGAGCUGCGUGACCGCAGUUACAGCGAUGACACGCAGAGCGACAGCGGGAGUCCGGAAUUUUGUUUUCUGCAUCCGGAUCACGCGUGGAUCACUUCUAGACGCGGUUCGAGCCAAUCCGAGCAACUCGAGGUUGAGCCGUACGAGCUCAACCGGGAUUACAGCAGAUCCCUGCCCGGUAGUCGCAGGAGUAGCUUCCAAAGUCAGGGUGGCACUGAUAGCAAACGCGGAAGCAUGGGCGAAGCUGAUAUGCCCAUAGUGUACUACAAUCGCGAUCGACGGCGAAGCUCCUUCACUAGACCGAUGAGAGAUCCCGAGGAGAUCCUGGAGGGUCUGCGAUCUCUGAAAGCGGUCAAGGGCGAGCUCAACAGAACCAUGAGCCUCACCAGCGACAAGAGACGCACUAGCCAUUCUUUUGUGCGACAUGACGCAGAUUGCAGUCCGACCGAUGAUCAAUCGCGUGAGAAAGAUACUUUUCAACUCGUAGGGCGGGGUGAGCGCAAAGACAGCGUUAUGGAGAUUCCUGAGAGAUUUUACGAGCGAAACAGCGAAUCCGACGAAGAAGAAAAGUACAGUCAGUCGACGAGAAAUGAAAAUGGCGUCGAUCUGAAACUGGGACGUGGACAAAUAUUACCGAAAGGAUACAAAAUAAUGAGUGGCGCGCAGAAUGGCGAGGUGCAGCUGGGCUUUUACCUCUGCAAGGGUGCUCUCGAGGUCGAGGUUAUCUGUGCCAGGGAUAUUUGUCCAGAGGAGAAAGAAGAGCCAGAUACUUAUGUGAAGACUUAUUUGCGUGAACGCGACGGUGACAAGUGGCUGCAGAAGCGGAAGACCCGCGUGGUGCGACAUUCGAAGAAUCCGCAGUACCGGCAGACGCUAAAAUACAGUCGCUGCGAUACCGUGCAGGGUCGACAUCUGCUGGUGAUGCUGUGGAAAAAGAAGCAGGGCUUCGAGAGCAACCAAGGGCUCGGCGGCGCCGAGGUGAACCUCGACUUGUUGCCAUCAAAAGAGUUUAUCUUCGACUGGUAUCCGCUCUUCCCGAUCCACACCCUCGGCACGCAAAACGCGGACUCACCAUGAUGGUUAAGGGAAAAAUGGGCUCUCGAAGCCGGCGAGCUAGACCUCAGAUUGAGCCUUUUGCUCAAGGACGAGGACCAGCCCGCCGUCAAGAUCAUCUCUUGAUUGAAAUCGUGGCUGAUCACGCGGCAGUGCUGGCUGGCUCGAAACCGGCGCGAUCUCGAUCAUCUCGAGACAGUGGCGUUCUUCGUUAUCGCAAGUCUUUGAGCACGCGUGUCGUUCCCGGGAAAAACAACUAUAGCUCGCGUCGAUAAAGCAUCGAUCUUUCCGCGUUGCUGCAUUUUUCUAACUGCAACUGUGAUUGUCUAGAUAGAGAGAGAACAUUUUGUCUUGCUCGCGCGAUAGUAAUUUAUUGCGUUAGUUUAUAACAAAAAAAAUUCU